AAAGCGCCGCCGCCGCCGCCUCCUCCUCCUCCUCCUCUCCCGCCCCGCCCCGCCCCGCCCGCAGCCCCCGCCGCGGAGCCAUGUCGGCCAGCAGCCUCCUGGAGCAGAGACCCAAGGGCCAAGGCAACAAAGUGCAAAACGGCUCUGUGCACCAGAAGGAUGGGCUGAAUGAUGAUGACUUUGAGCCCUACCUGAGCCCCCAGGCCCGCCCGAACAAUGCAUACACUGCAAUGUCUGAUUCCUACUUACCGAGCUACUUCAGCCCCUCCAUCGGAUUCUCCUACUCCCUAGGGGAGGCUGCCUGGUCCACGGGGGGAGACCCCCCCAUGCCCUACCUGACCUCGUACGGACAGUUGAGCAACGGGGAGCCCCACUUCCUCCCCGACGCCAUGUUCGGGCAGCCAGGGGCCCUGGGCAGCACCCCCUUCCUCGGGCAGCACGGCUUUAACUUCUUCCCCAGCGGGAUCGACUUCUCAGCCUGGGGCAACAACAGUUCUCAGGGACAGUCCACUCAGAGCUCGGGCUACAGCAGCAACUACGCCUACGCCCCCAGCUCGCUGGGGGGGGCCAUGAUCGACGGGCAGUCGGCCUUCGCCAGCGAGACCCUGAACAAGGCCCCCGGCAUGAACACCCUGGACCAGGGCAUGGCGGCCCUCAAGCUGGGCAGCACAGACAUGGCCAGCAGCGUCCCCAAAGUGGUGGGCUCGGCCGUGGGCAGCGGCUCCAUCACCAGUAACAUCGUGGCCUCCAGCAGCCUCCCCCCGGCCACCAUCGCGCCGCCCAAGCCGGCCUCGUGGGCCGACAUCGCCAGCAAACCCGCCAAGCAGCAGCCCAAGCUCAAGGCCAAGAACGGCAUCGCCGGGUCGAGUCUUCCGCCGCCCCCCAUAAAACACAACAUGGAUAUCGGCACCUGGGACAACAAAGGCCCCGUGGCCAAAGCCCCGGCGCAGGCCCUGGUGCAGAACCUCGCCCAGCAGCCGGCGCAGGCGUCCCCACAGCCCGUGGGCCAGCAGAUGGCCGGCAGCCCGCCGGUGGCCCAGGCUGCGGGUGGGCAGCAGCCGCCGGCCCCGCUGCCCGUGCCCCCGGCGCAGCCGGCCCCGCUGCCCGUGCCCCCGGCGCAGCCCACCCGCUGGGUCGCCCCCCGCAACCGCGGCGGCGGCUUCGGCCAGAACGGCGUGGACGGUAACGGGGUGGGGACGGCCCAGACCAGCUCCGGCUCCCCUUCGGAGCCGCACCCGGUCUUGGAGAAGCUGAGGUCCAUCAACAACUACAACCCCAAGGAUUUUGACUGGAACCCGAAGCACGGGCGGGUGUUCAUCAUUAAGAGCUACUCGGAGGACGAUAUCCACCGCUCCAUCAAGUACAACAUCUGGUGCAGCACGGAGCACGGCAACAAGAGACUGGACGCGGCCUAUCGCUCCAUGAACGGGAAGGGCCCCGUGUACUUACUGUUCAGCGUCAACGGUAGCGGCCACUUCUGCGGCGUGGCAGAGAUGAAAUCUGCUGUGGACUAUAACACCUGUGCAGGGGUGUGGUCCCAGGACAAGUGGAAGGGACGCUUUGAUGUCAGGUGGAUUUUUGUGAAGGACGUUCCCAACAGCCAGCUGAGGCACAUCCGCCUAGAGAACAACGAGAAUAAACCAGUGACCAACUCCAGGGACACUCAGGAGGUGCCUCUGGAAAAGGCUAAGCAGGUGUUGAAAAUCAUUGCCACCUACAAGCACACCACCUCCAUCUUUGAUGACUUCUCACACUACGAGAAACGCCAAGAGGAGGAGGAAAAUGUUAAAAAGGAACGCCAAGGUCGUGUCAAGUAAAAGGCCAUUCCUCCCCAGAGACUGCAGCAGAGAUUGCAUCCCAGUGAUCCUUCAGAGAGGCAAAGAGAAGGAGCAAGAGCAUCCCAGAGAGAAUUAGGACUUUUUUUUUUUUUUUUUUCUUAAUUUCAUUGACUUCAAAAAAAGACUUUUACAAACUUGCAGU